AUGGUCGUCUUAUUUGAAGAUCCUCGGCAUCUUCCAUUUGCAACAUUUCUUAUGCAAGUGUUCAUUACACUAGUUGUGUGCAAAGUUCUCGCUAAACUACUUUCCUAUAUUCGACAGCCGCAAGUUAUUGGACAAAUUAUUGCUGGCAUCAUAUUUGGUCCAUCUGUUCUUGGCAAUAUUCCUGCAUGGACAAAUACAGUGUGGCCGGAAUCAAGUCUUAAGACAUUUCAGCUUAUUGCUAAUUUGGGUCUGAUCUUUUUCAUGUUUUUUCUGGGCCUUGAACUUGACCUCGAUCAAAUCAAACGAAGUUGGAAAAUUACGAUACCCGUUGCAGCAGCUAGUGUCAUCGUUCCAGUUGGACUUGGUUGCGCUGUAUCUCUAUGGUUAUACGAAGACAAUGAAGGCUUGAGAACAAGCAAAGUAGCUUUUAUUCUUUUUAUUGGCUCUGGAUUCGGUUUCUCUGCCUUUCCUGUUCUCGCGACACUACUCAAUGCCAUGGACCUUCUCAACAAACCCAUCGGCAUUCAGACUAUCUCACUCGCUGCCGUCGAAGAUAUUGUCGUCUGGGUUAUUUUGGCGAUUGCCAGUGCUUUCUCGUCAGGCGGUUCAGCACUGCAAGGUCUCUACACACUACUGUUGACACUCGCUUUUAUCGCCAUCAUGAUCUUGAUCAUUCGACCAGCACUCAAAUGGAUCCAUGGGUAUUACCUGAGAAGAGAAAACGAUACGAAUGUAUAUUUAGUUGUCGGCUGUUUCUUGUUGUUACUGGUCGCAUCGUUCACGACAGAAGUGAUGGGUAUUCAUGCAUUCUUCGGUGCAUUUGUGAGUGGAUUGUGUAUUCCACGCAAGGGUGAAUUACCUGACUUCUUAGCUGUACGAAUUCAAUUAAUAGUUGUAGAGUUUUUUCUUCCUCUUUACUUUGCCAACAGUGGUUUACACACACAUUUGAACUUAUUAAACACAGGCAAAGCGUGGUGGACACUUGUCGUGCUCAUUUUGAUGGCUUCGACAGCAAAGAUCGUUCCCGUCACACUAAUGUCGAAACUCUGCUCGAAAAAGCCGUGGUUCUAUUGUCUAUCGAUCGGAGUGCUGAUGAAUACUCGUGGUAUCGUGCAGUUAGUUGUACUCAACAUUGGUGUUGAACUUGGAGUGAUAUCUGCGAGAAUAUUUGCCAUCUUUGUACUCAUGGCAACCAUCUUAACAUUUCUAACAUCGCCCAUACUGUCGUUGUUAUAUCGUAAGAAAUUCGAUGCCAAAGUAUCGACUACACCCAGUGUCCCAGAAGAACUACGUAAUAUUCCGGUGAUAGGAAUACCGACAGGUACUCCGGCACUAAGUGUAAAAAGUAAGAUGAGUGAAACCCACUCAAACGGCCGUAUCAAUUCUGGAAUGUUGAGACAGAAGGCACUGGAAUCGUGGCUGCCAUUGCCAGAUGAUAACCUUUCAGUAUCGCCAGCGGUAGUGUUCGACGAUCACAUCAACUACAUAGAGAUUGAUCCAAAUCGAAAUGAGAAUGCAUCCGGUGAAUUGGAAGAUAUACGUCGUCGUUCUGUAAUCAUGACAUUGUUCUAA